AUGCCCCGGGGCCGCACCGUCGCCGAGGCCGCGGCCGGGUCGCCCGCGGACGGCGUCGACGCCGCGUUUUUUCUCACGCUCCUCUCGAACCUGAGCCUCUGCUGCCUCAAGCUCAAGGACUUCGCCGGCGCUCAGGCGACCGCGACGCAGGUGCUCGAGAGCCCGGCCUGCGACGAGGCCAUGGCGAACAAGGCGCGGCUCCGCCUGGCGAAGGCGUCGCGCGAGGCCGGCGACCUCGCCAAGGCCGAGCGCGUGCUCCGCGACAUCCUCAAGCAGGACGGCAAGCUCGGCCACACCAUCGCCCGGCGCGAGCUCGAGGCCGUGCGCAAGCUCAAGGCCGCGGACAAGAAGCGCUUCCAGGGCCUCUUCGCCAAGGGCUCCGAGGACCUCUACAGCGAGUCCGAGCUCAAGGAGCGGCGCGCCGAGGCGCGCGCGGAGGCGAAGCAGAUCGCGGAGCAGCCGCGGAUCAUCGACAUGAAGUCGCUGACCGACGACGAGCGCAGAGCCAAGAGCGCGGAGCUCGAGGCGUCCCAGAAGGCCCAGGACGACUACGAGGCCGAUUUAGGCAAGAAGCUGGGCCGCAUCGCGCCGUCCGACGCCGCGGAGCUCGAGAAGCUCCAGGCCGCGGGCGCGGACAAGGCCGAGCUCGCCAAGUUCUACUGGCGGGCCCGCGACGCCGAGACGAAGCGCGUCGGCGCCCUCAUGUCGCCCGAGGACCGCGCGUCCUUCUCCCAGCUCCUCGAGCGGAACGCGCCCCAGGACGUCUUGGACGACGCGUUCGACGCGAUCAAGCGCCGCGUGGACCUGCACGCCGUCGUCAACGACCACCUGCCGGCGCCCAUGCGCGCCGCCGUCUCGGAGAAGCUCGCGGCCAUCGAGCGGGACGAGCCGGACCCGGAGAAGCGCAAGUGCGAGCAGUCGGCCGCGAUCGCGCAGGCGUUCCAGCAGCACUUCCAGGAGGAGAUGUCCGUGCGGCGCGUCGCCGCGAAGUUUUUCCAGCAGGUCAUCAAGCCCUUCUUCUUCAAGGUCAAGGCCCGGCUCCUCGCGCCCUUCUCGGGCCUCUUCAAGGCCAAGGCGCCGAACCCCGCGGCGCCGCCGCCGCCGCGGACGCCCGCGGCGGAGAACGCGCCGGAGAAGCUCGCCAAGUACGCGACGAGCCAGGCGACGGCGCAGCUCGCCCACGACGUCGAGGGCAUGCGCGCGGCGGGCCUCGGCAGCGCGGACAUGGUCGCGCGCGCGAAGGAGGUCUUCAAGGCGAACGGCGAGGAGAAGCAGCUCGCGGCCGUCGAGCUCGGCGAGAAGAUGAAGGCCGACGGCGCGUCGUCGGACGAGAUCCUCGCGGCCAUGCGCGCCCACUUCGGCGCGCCGCCGCCCGACGCGGACGUCGCGCACCUGCGGACGUAA